AUGAAGACGGCACUGAACAUAGUGUUCGAGAUCGAUCUGUCGAAAGUUUUAAGGGAAAUGCUGAACCGAGGAGCAAGAAUCGGCAGUAGUGGUGAUACUACGCAUGAUCAAGGGAAGACAAGGCGACAGUUAGCAGAAGUGAGUCAGUCCAGCAAGGCUAGUGGAAAGGUCAACAAGACAGCCUCUUCAGUGACAACAAUUGCACCGUCGCACUCUGCAAUGCAGGGAACAAGUGACAAUAGUUCUCCAAGUCUUGCGAACUUAGUGGCAGCUCCUGCUCCUGCACAACAAGCAACGAAUGCCAAUGCACCAGACAAAGACCAAGCAACGAAUGCGAAUGCACACAGUAGUACACCAGAAAGUCUUCAUAAGAAGAGAGCCACCGAAGCUCCACCAGGUCAGUUUCAGUGGAGUUUUGAUUUAGCAAGAUUGCAGAGGGUGAAACAGGCAAUUCGCAAAGCAGGAUGUAAGAUACUGACGAGUAAGCUGACGGCGGGAGCAAAAGGAUGUCAUGUUUUCUUCGUAGAGCCAAGCGAAUAUCAGGCGUUUUCACGUGGCGUGCGUGAGAAAAGUGGAGCAUUAGGCGUGCAGCGUGAACUGCUGGUACAGGUGCUGAACGAAAUUAGAGGUUCGCAUGAACAGUUAUGACGCACGACUGUGCUUCAUAUUUGAGUCCUAUAGAAUCUUUUCAUAUUUUUUGUUUCCUAGAUAGGCGUGCUCCACCGAUCUUAUAAAGCUGUAAGUCAUACUCAAAUCAAAUUUUGACAGCUCUAAUCCACGACUGGGCACCUCCUUCCUCCGACGAUCCUCAUGUCGAAAGACAACCAACCGUCGUAAAAUCGAGGCAUGCCAAUGUGGACGUCGCUCUUCUCUACGAAGCGACUAAAGAAUGGAAUCCUCAGUUUUAUAUCGAAUUGACACCUCGUAUUUUCUUUCGGCAUAUCCUCGCUGAAGCGCGCAGCCACGAUGAGAGGAAUUGGUUCUUUGAUGAAGUAAUGCGCCCUCACGUCCUAGCUAGUGGUGCGAACGCCGAGCAUAUGAUAACUAAAGUGGAUGACGCGGAUGAGGCAAGAUUCGGGAUGAAGUCCUUUGUGCACAUGAACCCGGACACACCGAAACACUUGGCAGGGAAGCUGAUUGUCAAUGUUAUGGCCAAGUUGUAGAGUGAGCUCUCUUUUGAUGAAACGGUUGUCGUUUCUCACAUGCAUGGAGGAGCAUUUCACUAUGCAGAUCAAGUAUAAUAUCAGCUGUCUUCAGAGGUACUUAUUCCCAUCACGCUGGAUUGUCGUACUGCACUCGUCUCUCUUCUAACUCCCUCGCAGGGACUCGACUGACGCGUCUAUUGUGGAUGGCAACGAAUUGGUUCUAUCAUCAUAAACAGUUUCAUUUGCACUUGAUAGAGGAGCAUGCCAAGCAGCAGAAAGGCAUGGCAACAGAGAGGGUGUCAGCCUGGAUGAGUCAUGCAAGUCACAACGCUCUUCGCCUUGCAAGCAAUCAUAGGCAUUACUACAUUUAUGAAACGUCACUUUAUGUUGCUUGAUAUCGUCGCAGAAGUGGUACUUCUAGAAGAAAACUUUGUUCUGUUUUCUAGAACUGAGAGUUGUUCAUUGACAGCCUAGAUUAAUCUCCAAUAAGUAGUGGUGUUUCUAGAGUUGUUCAUUGACAGCUUGUGAACAUAUACCCCUGGAGUGGGUACAUUCAUUCAUUCAACAGGUCGCGUAGAUUCAUCCCUUUUCUUCUAAGCAAAGGGAUUGCCACAAAAGGAGUAUCUACCUUACUUCUGGAGCGAAGCCGUGCUAGACACAGCCAAGCCAGGCCCGCCAAACUGCAUUGGUAUAUCAGAAUUGUGGAAAACCAAUCCUUUGGUCUCGAGUUACAACGACGACAAGCCAAGUGACAUCAUCCUGGAGCAUGUUGGGCAUUUCUCGUCCUUGGACAAGAAAAUCCAGAAGUUGCACGAUUCUAGAGCAGGACUGCCACAGUGGAACAAGGAGCAUUUCGACUUGUGGCCAGAGAUAGGCAAGGAAAUGACGUUGAAAAUGCCUGAAGCAGGAUCGAUUUCAAUAGAUUCGUCCAAGGCGUUUGCCAAGCUGGGAGUACCAAGUGGAAAUGGAGGAUGGUCGGCGGAAUUUACCUUUAUUAGGUAUGGCCUUGUUGAUUUCUGAAGCUGAACCUUUGAGGGUGCCUUUUCAUUGGCAAAGAAAAUGACCAAAGUGCAUUUCAGAUAUCACUCAUCGUGGAUUUCAAGCUGUCACGAAUGAUGGUGAGAAUUGAUCCCAAUCAUGAUCAUAAUCUGUCAGGAUUUGCAUUCAUUUGAUAAAUUCUUAGAUUUUUUGAUGAAUAUGUUCUAGAAACUUUAGAAAUUCCACUGUUUGAGACUUUCCAGACAUUUCUCAAGAGUGUAAAGCGAGUUGCAGCUUCUAGAGCUCUAAGAAACUAUCGUAGGAUUCUAAAAUUCCUCAAAAUCCAAAUCUCCUCUUCUCCCCCAAACAUCUCUGAAAUCCCUAUCUUCAUCUUUGAAACGACCGAUGGCCGGGGCUAGAAGCGUUUUCGACGUCAGCGUGGCCCGUCCAGUAUAUCGAAUUCCAGACAGUAGCAAAAAAAUUCGAUGAGUGGUUCCUCGAUGUGACAUGCUAUCGGUCAAAAGAUUAAGGCUGAUUCUUGAUGUGGACUUAAAUUGAGCGAAGAAAGUACAAUAAGCAGUGAGUUAUAUCAAUUAUCAGUUUAUUUUACUAGAUGAAGCAGUUAUUUCCUGAGUCAGCCUUUUGCAGCGGGGUACUAGAAUGGGUUAGCGAUCAUGAUAUUCUGAUACUUUUUCCUUCUGCAGGUGCAGGGGCUAUAGUAGAGGGACAUCACUAGUUUUUUGCUUACUUGAUUGCUCAAACUAAUCUCACUCUAAGAAAAGCUCGUAGGGAAUAUCCGCCGGGAGCUGAGAAAGUACGUCGCGGAGCGUGUGGACAUGUUUGGUAACGAUUUUCUCCAGAAAACUGGUUUAGUACAACAGAGUACAUCCUCAUCAAACAAGGGAGGUAAUAAAAAUGGCGCUUUACCUGUAGAGAAACGAGUUCAACAUCCUAGUGUGAAGAAGAACAAGGUGCACUAUUUCGACCGGAUUAAUGGGCCUGACCUCAGCGACUUGAUCCUAAAGGGAGUCGAGCUUGAGGAGAAGAAGUCCUAUAAACUUCGGUUACGGCAAAAUUUUUGGACUCUCCCAUGAAAGGACGAUUCCAUAGCUCGCGAGUAAACUUAACUAACAAUAACUUCGAUCGAGGAGGGGCAAACCUAUUUCAGUUUUUCAAGCAUCGAUUGAAGGGAGGACACACCUCUCUGAGUCCGUAUUUGGCGCCCCUACUUUGCGCUCAAGAACGAUAGUCUUCUAAGUAAGUUUUUUAGUUUUAGAAAUACAAUUCUAUCGCCUCCGAAGAGCUCUAAUCCUCGGUGGCCACCAAGUCUUCUGGACAAACCGUUUCAGGGACAAACUGUGCGAAUCGAUCCGUAUCAAGUUUUACUGUCGCAACUUCCGGGAUUUCGCGUUCGAGAAAAUCUACUUGCGCAGCAAGCCUUUAUUAAGGGUUAACCAAUUUUUACAUCCCCCAGCACAACCAUUCCAUCCUCACUCUUUUUCCAUAGGAAAGAGGUGCGGGAUGUUCUGAAGAAUGUAUUGCUGCAACCUUUAACUUUACCGGCGUUGCUAUCAUGGGGUGAAGGUCAUGCGAAUCUGACCUCAUUGUCUACUUUUGAAGACUUCGGCCGAGAAGUGUUCUACGAAGUGAAUCAAACCAGUGUUGCAGGUUCGACAGGUGUACGCGGAGGAGGCACUGGUGGAGAAAAAGGAUCCGGAGCAGGAGGUACUGGUGGAAGUGGCACUUCGUCCUUGUCCGGUUCAAAAGUUAAGGAUCAGCAGAGGAUAACAGAUUGAAUGAGGAUCAUUAGAUGAUACUUAUAAGAGAUUGUCGUUUUCUACUGAGGCACUUGUGAAGAGAAGUCGUUUUUUUAGAUUAGAAGAUGUGACUCAGUCUCACUGUCCUUUGGCUUGUGAAGUAAGUAGGUUGUCGGUCGUUGAUGUUUUUCAAAUUCAGCAGUAGAUGGACACUAUACGUUGAGAAACCUACUGGGGGGCCAUAUACUUUCUAAGAAUGCCUCGUCUUCUGCAGAAAGCAGUAAGCAAGCGGAAGUGCAUGUCAAUGCAACGACGGGGGAGGUCACAGUGAAAAGACCCAAAGGCGCUGAAGUCUCUCGGCUUUUUGAGAAGAGUUGGUAUGGUCGUCGCACACGGAAAAAGCGAUGCAGUUGUAUGGUAGAAGAAGUUGUAUUCGUAGAAGCGAUGUUGAUGAUGGCUUGGAUGUGGAUAAGACUCGUAGAUCAAUGUGAUCAAUGAUGACUCCGACUCGUCGCAGUACUAGAAGUAGGAAGCAAAGUGGAAGUGGUUCUAAUGUCCUAUUUCCGACGUGUUUGCUUAAGUAUAAGUAGAUGGACGAAGACUUUCGAUUCCCUGACCUUCUAAUGUUUCUAGAGCUGCAUCAGCGACCUCAGGAUCUGGAGGCAAGAGCGAGACCAGUACUGAUGGAGUGGCAGCACAGAAGAAAGCACAUGGAGUCAAUUUCUUCAUCGACACCUAUCCUCUUCGCCCACUGUUGAUUUUCUUGCUCGCCAUGGCAUUAGCGCCGCGACCGAGCGUUCUAAGGUGAGGAUGAACGUAAUAAAAAUAUUUAUCAUAGGUGUGCUCUACCGAUAAUAUUUAUCAAGAUUUUUGAAAAUGCAUGGUCCGUAGUCGUAGUCUCACUUUGAUUGUGAGAGGACAAGCACAAGAAAGCGCACGAUGAUGUUGUAGCAGGUUUAUGAUCACUGACAACGCGAAAAAGCUUGCAGGUCUUCUGCUAAAAGUUUUGAGUUUUUUUCAUCUACUUCAGUUUUUUAUUCACUUAAGUUUCGACUCAAAGUAGUCUCAGCAAAUUUUUUCGGAACUCACUUAAGGUAUUCUCUUAUUGAAGAGUUUGCUCUUGCAGGAU